CUUCGGCUUUCCACUUUUUCCUCUGUUCGUGUCAUUCUUGUCGUAGAUCUCGAGAGAGAGUCUUAAGGAGGAAAAAAGGAAAAAAGGUUCGAUUUUUAUCGAUGGGUUCUUCGUCAGGACAACCCGAAUUUGAUUACUUGUUUAAGGUUUUAUUGAUCGGAGAUUCUGGUGUUGGAAAGAGUUCUCUUUUGUUGAGUUUCACAUCUAAUACGUUUGAUGAUCUUUCUCCAACAAUUGGUGUUGAUUUUAAGGUUAAGUAUCUGACAAUUGGGGAAAAGAAACUCAAGCUUGCGAUUUGGGAUACAGCUGGGCAAGAGAGAUUUAGGACUCUAACAAGUUCGUAUUACAGAGGAGCUCAGGGUAUAAUUAUGGUAUAUGAUGUGACACGACGAGAUACAUUCACAAACCUAUCUGAUAUAUGGGCUAAGGAAAUCGACCUCUACUCGACCAAUCAGGACUGCAUCAAGAUGCUUGUUGGGAAUAAAGUUGAUAAGGAGAGUGAAAGAGCUGUCUCGAAAAAAGAAGGCAUAGACUUUGCUCGGGAGUACGGAUGUUUGUUUCUGGAAUGUAGUGCAAAAACUCGGGUUAAUGUGGAGCAAUGUUUUGAAGAGCUUGUUCUUAAGAUAUUGGAAACACCGAGUCUUACUGCUGAAGGUUCGUCUGGCGGGAAGAAGAACAUCUUCAAACAAAACCCAGCACAAACCAGCAGUGCUUCGUCGAGCUACUGCUGCUCGUCUUAGACAUGGCUUUACGGUUUAUGACAAAAUUACACUUGUGCUCAUCAUCUUGUUCUUGAUUGUCUCUUUGCUUCCCAAAACCGCAGCAUCUUGGAUGUAUAUCUUAACCCUGAUUUCAAAGUUGUGUUCCCUAGUUUCCAAUCUGGGAUUAUUGCAUCUUAUAAAAAAGUUCGUUUUAC